CCGAUAUUCAACUACUUACAAUAGAUACAAGUAUUGGUCCUCAAAUAGAAAGUAGUAGUACUAAAAUUUCUUCUCUUAGUUUAAUUAAUCUUAAUCCUCAACAAAAAAGUGAUCUGGAUAUUGAUAUUGUAUUAGUUUUAGAGAAUUUAAAUAUUUUUGAUCAAAAUGAAGAAGUAAUUUCAGAAAUAAAUAAGCCAGAAAGUGAUAAUGAGAAGGAAGAAUUUAUUUUGAAUUAUUCUGCUCCUAAUAUUAAUAUUAGCAAUAAUAAUAGAUUUGAGAGUAUUAAAAAUCUUGACAGAAACUUUGGUUAG